AUUGAAAAACCCAACAACAAAAACGCCUUAACUGCAUUCUCUGCUUGUUUUGCGCUUAUUACAAUGUAUGGUCUGAAACAAAUGGCUGCGACUUCCCAGAUAGGAAUCGGGCCCGUUUCGACUCACCGAGUCGCCAUGUCAGCUCUCUCUCCUCACCUCCCUCCUCCCUCUGUCUUCUUCCUCAGCGCUAUCUCCACUCUCCCACGCCCCAUCCGCUUCCAUUCACCGGCUCGAAUUUCUCCGCCUGUUCUCCAAGUCAGAGCCUCCUCAGUCGAUGCUCCAUCUUCGUCAGCUAAAGGUGUUGAGAAUGUGGUGAUUAUAGGCUCAGGUCCUGCAGGAUAUACAGCAGCAAUAUAUGCAGCUCGUGCAAAUUUGAAGCCUGUAGUGUUCGAGGGGUUUCAAGUUGGUGGUGUUCCUGGGGGACAGUUAAUGACAACUACCGAAGUGGAGAACUUUCCAGGAUUUCCUGAUGGAAUUACUGGUCCAGAUUUGAUGGAGAGGAUGCGGAAGCAAGCUGAGCGUUGGGGAGCGGAACUGUUCCAAGAAGAUGUAGAAUUUAUUGAUGUUAAAACAAUGCCUUUUAGCGUGCAAAGCAGUGAACGUAAGGUGAAGUGUCACAGUCUCAUUUUUGCAACUGGAGCCACUGCAAAAAGGCUCAAGUUACCCCGUGAAGAUGAAUUUUGGAGUAGGGGAAUCAGUGCUUGUGCAAUUUGUGAUGGUGCGUCACCAUUGUUUAAGGGCCAAGUACUUGCAGUGGUUGGAGGUGGUGAUACGGCCACAGAGGAAGCCUUGUACUUAACUAAAUAUGCACGCCAUGUUCAUUUACUUGUACGAAGGGACCAAUUGAGGGCAUCCAGAGCAAUGCAAGAUAGAGUGUUCAACAAUCCAAAUGUGACUGUACACUUCAACACAGAGGCUGUGGAUGUCAUUAGCAAUACUAAAGGCCAGAUGUCUGGCAUUUUAAUCAGAAAAGUUAGCACAGGGGAGGAAUCUGUGCUUGAGGCAAAAGGCUUAUUUUAUGGUAUAGGACAUUCACCAAACAGUCAGUUGUUGGAAGGCCAAGUUGAACUUGACAGCUCAGGGUAUGUGCUAGUCCAGGAAGGUACUGCAAAAACUUCUGUUGAAGGUGUAUUUGCAGCUGGAGAUGUGCAGGACCAUGAGUGGAGACAAGCCAUAACUGCUGCUGGAUCUGGAUGUAUAGCUGCUUUAUCAGCUGAGAGAUACCUUGCGAGCAAUAAUCUCCUUGUUGAAUUUCACCAGCCUCAAACAGAAGACGUCAAGAAGGAACUCACUGACAGAGAUGUCCAAGAAGGAUUUGACAUCACCAUCACAAAGCAUAAGGGACAGUAUGCUUUAAGAAAGUUGUACCAUGAAAGUCCAAGGCUUCUCUGUGUAUUAUAUACUUCACCAACUUGUGGUCCCUGUAGGACUUUGAAGCCAAUUCUCAGCAAGGUCAUUGAUGAAUUUGAUCAGAAUGUGCAUUUUGUUGAGAUUGAUAUUGAGGAAGAUCCAGAAAUAGCUGAAGCUGCUGGAAUUAUGGGUACACCAUGUGUGCAGUUUUUCAAGAAUAAGGAGAUGCUCAGGAUUGUAUCGGGUGUCAAAAUGAAGAAAGAAUACAGAGAAUUUAUUGAGGCAAAUAAAUGAGAGUAUUCUAGAUAUACUUGUUUUGCUGGUGCCAUCAUUUUGUCAUUCAAUUUUGUUCCUUCCGAACCCAAACUGGUUAGUUGAUUAAUGCUUUCGAUUCUUACAAUUAUACCUUGUGUCAAUCAGCUACGUUGUAAAUUGUACAUGCAGAGUAGGGGUGGCUGUGGAUCAACCCGAGCUUGAGUAGCGUGCUGAAACUCUGGUUAUGCUGGCAUGCUUUUGUUUGAUAAAGUAAACAAAUCCAGAGGAAAAAUUGUUAUUUUUGAAAAAUCUGCAUUUCUAUUCUCUAUCUUGCUUUAUGAGAAUUGAAAUAAAAUAGUUACAAAACAUAACCAAAGGUCAAUAAAAGAUGUACAAAUUCAGAUUUAUUUUCAUGAUGCAUGCCUCUUAAUCGAGAAAACUUGACUUUGAGAUCUUC